GCCGGUAUCUAAUCAAACUCACAACAUCCUCCCGCUGGAAUGCUUGGAUAACGGCUCGUCCGUAGGCUGGACAGUCUGCGUAAAAGAAGAUUCAGCGUUGGACUCAUGUGAUGUUGCUGGGUCAAACCGCUUCUCAGAUCUCAGCAGCCGACAGGUGCCCAGUAUCAUAUCGUAUGUGUGUGGUAACGCUGCAUAAUCCUGCAAGGCAUGGAAGAUGGAUAUCAGUCCACGGACCGACAUUUCCAACUCUCGAUAGAUGAUAUUGGCAUGUAGAUAAUAUGGUACGCACCGGAGAUACCCCGAACUCUAUUCCCAGACCGGUGGCUGUGGGUAUACUGACGGUCUCUUCCUACCUUCACGACGUCGACCAUCCCCCGACACCAGUAUGUCUGGAGUCAGUUUACGGAAACCGCUAGACAAGGCGAAAGAUUUCUACCGAAAAAUAUCUCAGACGUCUCCGCGUGAAAACCUCCUGGACUCAUCGUCAUCGCAGCUCAAGCUGCCGCCACCAAUUGCUCGCACAUCAUCGGCAGCAACAAUAGACGGCAGCACACUCAAUGCUACCUAUAGUUCGUACCACCAAGUCUACCCGCAGUUAUCCGACUGAGACUCGAUGGUUGAACGAUAGGUUUUCGCGAGGCCUGGCAACUGAGCAUCAUCGAUGUGCAGCGCGUCCGCAAUAUGCUGCGGCGCAUAUUCCUGGUCGAUGUCGUCGACAACAUCUUACUGCACGCGGAAUACUUCGCCGUCUUGAGCAGAAAGGGGGAGAAAACAGUUGUCGAGGACGACGAUCACGUCCGUGUCCUGUCAUUCCCAAUGAACAAGACGCUGCGGGAGAGCAUCAGGCGCGUCACUGUGCGCAUCUACGGGCAUGAUCAGGGACCAAGCGCGUACCUCCAGGAUCAGGGUUCCAGAGACAAGUCAUGGACGUGGUACACACUGAAGAGCGGUCAGUGGGAGGAAGAGAUCGCACGAAAUAGCCGCACCGUUUUGGAGCCGAAGGCCCAUGUGUGGACCUGCAAGGAGGGGGACAGCGAGAUGACGCAUAUUCGUCAAGGAGAUGAAAUUGAGGUGUGGGCACAUGCAAAGUGAGUUCCCUGCGGUCUGCUUGUCGGCGAUGAUGAUUGGACUCAUCUCCGUUCAAGGCUAUUUGGCUGGAAGAAUUAUGUCGAGGGAGUAGAGAUCACCAUAUUCUUCUACCCGAACGAUAAGAAAUCCCCGAUAAAUUCUCGUGAAAACGAGACCGCGCGAAGACGUUAAUAGGCGAUGGUAGAGCACACUCGGUAAACUGGUGCACUUAGUAUUGGCAUCUAGAUAUUCACUGCUCAUUAUGCACUGAUUUCUGAAUAUCCCAUAUAUUUUAUAUCUCGAUCGCAGCACAAUUGUGAAAUAUACAUACGUACAUUCCUUCAAUCAGAUACUUUUCC